AAUUUAUCUGUACAAAAAUAAAUACCCAGCGAGUCAGUUUUACAAAUCUCUCUACACGGAUUUACCUCGAAUAAAGCAGACAAACGGUCAUAUCACAUGUUAACCAUGCCUGCAGAUGAUGUCUCGGAGCUCCUCAAAUAUUAUGAAGUUUAUGAAACCAUCGGAUCAGGUGGUUUUGCUAAGGUCAAGCUGGGCAGACACAUUCUUACAGGAGAGAAAGUAGCCAUCAAAAUCAUGGAGAAGAAAGUUCUUGGGGACGACCUGCCUCGCGUGAAGACAGAAAUCGAGGCCAUGAAGAAUCUUAGUCAUCAGCACGUAUGCCGUCUUUACCACGUCAUCGAGACGGCCAGCAAGAUCUACAUGGUGCUCGAGUAUUGUCCUGGAGGGGAACUUUUUGACUACAUCGUCGCUAAAGACCGUUUGUCAGAGCAAGAGACCCGUAUAUUUUUCCGUCAGAUCGUCUCAGCCCUGGCGUACGUCCAUAGCAAAGGAUACGCUCACCGGGACCUCAAGCCGGAAAACCUGCUGAUUGAUGAGGAUCACAAUCUUAAACUGAUAGACUUUGGUCUGUGUGCCAAACCUAAGGGGGGUUUGGGUUAUGAACUCAUGACCUGCUGUGGUAGCCCUGCCUAUGCAGCACCAGAACUCAUCCAAGGAAAGUCCUACAUUGGUUCAGAGGCAGACGUAUGGAGUAUGGGCGUGUUGCUGUUUGCUCUGUUAUGCGGCUACCUUCCAUUUGAUGAUGAUAACUGCAUGGUUCUCUACAAGAAAAUUACAAAAGGGCGUUAUGACAACCCAUCCUGGCUGUCUAUUGGCAGCAUCAUGCUUCUUAAUCAAAUGCUGCAGGUGGAGCCAAAAAGGCGUUUAACAGUGAGGCAUCUGCUCAAUCACCCGUGGGUAAAGGAAGGGUACAGCAGCCCUGUGGAGUGGCACAGCACUCGGCCGCUUGGUCAUAUCGAUGAGGAUUGUAUUACAGAGAUGGCAGUGACGUUUAAACGCUCUAAACAGAGCACCAUCCAGCUUGUGUCUGAGUGGAACUAUGACCAGACUACUGCUACAUAUCUGCUCUUACUGGCUAAGAAGCAGCGAGGGAAGCCGGUGCGCAUACGAGCAGAUGUUCCUGUCCAGGGUUCCACCUUCUCACCUAUACAAGACAUCCAGUUAAAGAAGAGCUUACACUUCAGCGAGUACGAGGAUGAUGAAGACGUCGACGAUAUUUGCACGCCGCGAGUUGUUCUGGGCUCGAUGGUUUUCCCUGCCGAGUGCUACGACGACGACGACAAUGCCUGGAUCCCUCUGACGCCCAGAAACCCACAGAAUACACACACGCCAUGCAAGCCCCCCUGUCAACCAGCCGAUAAGAGGCGUGGGGAGUUUGGUCAGUCUCCCAUGAUUGACCAAGUCAAGCCACGCCCUCAGACCCACGACAGGCAUCAACCCACCAGAGAAAAUAAAGAAAACCUGUCUAGCGCGGACAACGGCGGAUUCGCACUGCCCGCCCCCAAAACUCCAGCAUCCAGCAGGAAAGGUCGGUCCAACAAACCUGCCCCGACCACGCCCAUGAACAACAAUGUGAUCAACGUGGCUGCUGAAACACAGAAAGAAGCAUCGGGCAGGAGGGCAGGAGCGCAGCAACAGGGAGUUCCGGAGAUCCUGACCUUCAGCCCCGAGAGGAGGUCUCGCUCUCUGGAUAUGGCAGCAUCUCAGGUGGACAGUGGGCAGAAGCGCAAAGCAGGAAAAGUGUUUGGCAGUUUGGAGCGAGGGCUGGAUAAAGUCAUCACCAUGCUCACGCCCAACAAGAGGAAAGCGCUGAGGGAAGGACCACGCAGGAUUAAGGCUCAGUACAACGUGGCGCUGACCGACCAGAAGAACGCAGACCAGGUGCUGAACCGGAUCCUGUGUGUCCUACCGGAGAAGAAUGUGGACUUUGUACAGAAAGGCUACACGCUGAAGUGCCGUACACAGUCAGACUUCGGGAAGGUGACCAUGCAGUUCGAGCUGGAGGUGUGUGUCCUGCAAAAACCCGAGGUGGUGGGAAUCCGGCGGCAGAGGCUGAAAGGAGACGCCUGGGUCUAUAAACACCUGGUGGAGGACAUCCUGUCCAGCACUAGUGUGUGUGUAUAAGAGACCACGUACGUUCAGUGUUCAUCAGCAUUAAUUAUUUUACGUUGGAGAAUCACCACUGUUUACUUCUUUACCUGUGUAUGUUUUACCUGUCUUCUGUUUUACGCUCAUUUUAAUGGAAGAACGUUUUCUGUCCAUGGAUAGGAAGAAAUUGCACAUUUUAUUCAGCCAGUACAUUCUGUAUGGUUUACAUGAGUUUACAUUUUAAGCUGACGCACGGAGGCAUCGUUCUGCUCACCGUGGUAUUUUCCUUUAGUUCGUCUGUCUCCUUGUUUCUAUGUCGUGUCUACAUAUAAUUGUUCGUCUUUACUAUCCAGUUUAAUAGUUUUAAUAUGAACCAUAUUAUGAGAAUAAAUGAUAUUACUGUU